UCAAGUUUCAAGUUUGUAGUUUAUAUUCAUCUGCUGUUGCACUUUAUUUUAAUAAUAAAAGUAAAUUAAUACAAAAAUGGAAACAAUUUUGGAACAACAGCGUCGUUACCAUGAAGAAAAAGAACGUUUAAUUGAUGCCAUGGUAAAAGAAAUGCUUCACAAAAAGACUACUUUUAGAGAAGCAAUAAACUCAGACCACCGACAAAAGUACCUACUUGAUAGAUAUAUGGCUUCAACAGAGAGACUAAUAGAUCUUUAUGAUGAUAGGGACGGACAACGUAAGGCUGAAGUAGCUGCUCUUACGGGCCCCAACGAGUUUCAAGAAUUCUAUAGUAGAUUAAAAUUAAUCAAAGACUUUUAUAGAAGGCAUCCAAACGAAAUUAGUGUUCCAAUGUCAGUGGAAUUUGACGAAUUUGCCAAAGCCAGGGAAAAUCCUAACGAGGAUAUGGCUAACUUUGUAGAAUUUACUGAUGAGGAGGGUUAUGGAAAGUAUUUGGAUUUACAUGAAUGUUAUGAAAAGUAUAUAAACUUAAAAGGCAUAGAAAAGGUAGAUUAUAUUACCUACUUGGGUAUGUUUGACCAACUAUAUGAUAUCCCAAAAGAAAGAAAAAGUGGUGAAUAUAAAAAAUAUUUGUUAUGUCUAAUUGAAUAUUUGACUUGGUUUGUACAGCGUAUAAAGCCUCUAAAGGAUUUAGACAUUGAUCUACAAGAACAAGUGGAUCAGGUCCUGGCAAUUUGGGAUACUGGAAGUGUCCCAGGGUGGCCAAAAGAAACAGGAUCUGCGCUAACAAAUGUUGGAGCCCACUUGGAUCUCUCGGCAUUUUCAAGUUGGGAAGAAUUGGCAUCGUUAGGUUUAGACAGACUGAAAUCUGCCUUGAUGGCGUUAGGAUUAAAAUGUGGAGGUACUUUGGAAGAAAGAGCUCAAAGAUUAUUCUCAACGAAAGGAAAAGGUUUUUUGGAUCCUUCACUUAUGACAAAAAAUAACAAAGGCAAGGCCAACAAAGAAAAGGAAUUACUGAGGCAAAGGGAACUUGCAACAUUAGAAGCCCAAGUGUACAGAUUGGCAGAGUGGGUCUCACCGCAGAGAGCUGCAACAAAAGAAAAUGUGCAAAGGAAACAAGCUCGUACCGAUGGAGAAAGAGAUGACAGCGAAAAUGAAGAAAGUGAUGAUGAUAGUCCUGAUGAAGCGGACGAUGAUGUUCCCUAUAAUCCAAAGAAUCUUCCUUUGGGAUGGGAUGGAAAACCUAUACCAUACUGGCUGUAUAAACUACAUGGUUUAAACAUCAGCUACAAUUGUGAGAUAUGUGGAAAUUACGUUUAUAAAGGCCCAAAAGCAUUCCAAAGACAUUUUGCAGAAUGGAGACACGCUCACGGAAUGAGAUGUCUUGGUAUUCCUAACACUGCACAUUUUGCAAAUGUUACACAGAUUGAAGAUGCACUGGCACUGUGGGAAAAGUUGAAAGUCCAAAAACAAAGUGAACGUUGGCAACCUGAAACUGAGGAAGAGUAUGAAGAUUCUCAAGGCAAUGUGGUGAAUAGAAAGACUUACGAGGAUCUUAAGAGACAAGGGUUAUUAUAGGUUAUGAUAGUUGUAGAAAUUAUGUAUUGUAUCAAAAUAAACCUUUUCAUAUAAUAAAACAAAUCAUUUUGUG